GUUCGAUACAGAUACAUGAUACGAUAUUGUAUCAGUUUGACGUUGAUUCAUUCGUGUUCAUUUUAAAUUAAAGAUACUAUCGUUCGUGUUGCUGUGCAAUUAGUUAAAUCCUUGGUAUAGAAUACUGCAUCGAUUUUAACGAAUAACUAAGUCAUGACUACAAUGGAUUCUGAUUCCGAGAGUCAGGACAGCGACGACGGUCGACGUUUUCGCUUUGAAGCCACCCGCAAAGAUAACGUCCAUCCAGAAGCGAAACUGGGAAAACACUCGAGAUCGAAAUCGGACUGUAAAUCCAGCUACAACGACGCAGAGUAUAGAGAUAGGAAAGAAAAAUCGAAGCACGACAGCAGCAGAAGAGAGCACAGAUCUUCGAAAGAGCAGGACGCGACCGACAGGGAUCUUAAGCAUUCGGGAAAAUACUCGAAACACAGCCACGAGUCGAGAAGCUCGAGACGAGAGGACGGCAAGGACUACAGGAGUACGAGGGACGUCAGCAUAGACUCGAAAAGCUCAGCCGUGUCCUCGAAGCGUAAAACGAGGGACGCGAAGCGUUACAGAGAUCAGGAUCGGGGCGAGCAUCGUAAGCACAGGUCUCAGGAACGAUCGCACAGCAGAACAGAGGACGACAGAUCCCAAAACGACAAGUAUAGGAACAAAUCUCACGAGAAGUACAAGCGGCACUCGCGCGACAGAAGCCGCGACAGGAGCUACCAGUCGCAUAAACCGAGAUCGUCGGAUCAUGGCAGAUUCCGGGGUGAACUCGAGCGACACAAUUCGCACAAGAGAGCGAAAGAGGACGCGGACCAACGGUUACAGGAACUCUCCUCGCCGAAGAACGCGGAACAGGGUCGUACCGACAACGAAUUGCUGACGAAAAGAAAUUUAUCCAUGGAGAGUCAAGAGUACAAAGAGCUAGACUUGUCCGAGUUCGACGUGCUAUCAGAGACUGACGAGAACUUAUCCGAUGGUUCGGACGUUGGGAACAAAUGUUCGUUAUCGAGGCAUCACAAGGCAAAGACGAAAAAACGAAAUUCGAACGACGAGUGCGAGAAUUCAACGAAAAAACAAGCGAUAGAAAGCGAACACUCGGAAGGCUCGCCUAAGGUAAAUGAAAGGAAGAAUGAUAUGUCGUCUGGUUCCAGUAAUAAUAAUCCUGGUGCCGUUUCAGAUUCCGCAUUAGGUAGCGCGUCGCCUAUAUUGACGGAAAUCACGGAAGAUAGUACGAAUAUCGUUGACGAAAGAUGUAAACCCGAAUUAAUGAAUUUGAACAGCGAGGAAGGAAAUUUUAGUUCCACUGAGAAAGCUUCCUUGCGCGUUAGCAAUUGCGAUUCCCCAAAAGUAACGGAUGUCUCUGCCGUUGAAGAAGACUCCUCGUACGGGCCGAGCUUACCACCGCCAUUAAUAGCUGAUUCUUCCAGUAACGCAAAGUCAGUGAAAGCUACGAAUUUCAUAGGACCUUGUUUACCAGAAAUCGACGCGCAAGAUCUAACCGAGAGAUCCAACGUUGACACGACGAGUGGCAACGAUCAAAUUGUUUUAAGUCGAGAAGAUUCCGAUGGCGAUGCAGAUAUUACCUUUGGCCCGGCGUUGCCACCGCAUUUGAUACAACAAGCGUGUAGCGAUGAAACAAAGACGAAAAUCAUAGGACCCGCUCUUUCGAAUUUCGCGAAAUUUGAGGAUAACAAGGAAACCGAGCAAGCAGAGUCUGAAAACGAAGACGCGAUCGGUCCCCUACCGGUCGAUCAUCCAGCAUUGAGGACUAGCAAUGUGUAUAAACAAUUGGAGCAGAGAGCACAACAAAUUAAGAAUGAGAAGAAAGACGAGGACGAUAGUACUUUAAAUCAACGAGAGGAGUGGAUGACAGAAUUACCUCCGGCACAGGUCAGUAAUCUAGGACUAGCGCCGCGAAAGUUCCGCGUUAGAGCAGGUCCGGACAUGUCCGACAGGUCGUGUUGGACGGACACUCCAGCAAAGAGAGCUGAGAAACAGAGGCAACGGGAGGAGGAGGUUCUUAAUAAUUUAAAAAAACCGCCCACGGAGCCGACUAAAGAAAGCAACGAGACCGAAAGUGGGAAAAGUAGAAAGCGCGAGAAAUCCCUUCUGGAAGUACAUCAGAGUAAACUUGAAAAGAAGAAAAAGAAGGAGGAGAAGAAGGCAAAACUGACCGGGCAAACGAUUAGAAGACCGUUCGACAGAGAUAUCGACUUACAGAUAAAUCGAUUCGAUCAAGCUCAGAAGAACGCUGUUAUAAGCAAAGCACAAUACCUCGACGAAAGGUUUUCACGCGGAAAGAUCUAGUAAGAUUUUAGUAAAUUAGUAACAUUUUACAAAGAUAAUAAGUUUUUGCGCAGUGUACAUUUGUAAUUUGGCUCACUGUAAGCGAUAUUGCUAAUGAGUGCCUUUAACUACAAAUGAUGUAAUUCGAUUUUCAUUUACAACGGGAUCGAAUUCUUUCUCUCUCUCUCUCUCUUUCUCUCUCCUUCUUUUUUUAAAUUAACUUUUUUCCACUUGUUCAAUGCUUGAUGGUUUUAUCGAUUGUUCGUCACUAUAAGUGGCAUUGACGUUGAUAUUAUGACGACGCCACUGUUUCGAAAACACGAAUUUCUGCAUAUAUAUAUAUAUAAAUAUAUAUAUAGUACAUUAUGGUGUAAAUUCGAUUAAUUACGCUUGAGAUAUGUAUAAAACGCCUGCAUUAUACAUACAUCUUUUUUUAUUGACUUUACCGAUAAUCAUAUCGACUUAAAUCUGUAUUGUGUAUGUACAUUACACUAUUGAAUUGUAUACUUCGUAAAUGAUCGUUCUUCAUGCCUGUGAUGUAUAUAUACGUGUAAUAUUCACCUAUUGUAUCAUAAAACAUUGUAAUCCAGUAAGUAAUCGAACCUCACGUUAAGUAGGAAAACGGAACCAUAAAAGACAUAACGCUCUACGAACUUCGAAAACGAAAUACGCUUCUCCUUUUCUGUUCGUGUAUCACAGAAUCAACUUUAUCUGUGAUAAGGGAAAAAAAAUGUUUGGAGAUAUUAAAUUUUUAGUCCAAUGUAAACAGUUAUGAUUGCACCACGUGUACUUUAAAUAUACUUUUUACGAAAACUAUUAUGUACAUUCAAUUUGUUUAAUGAACCAAAUAAAGCUUUUUACUCCGCCUGGAAAUACUGGA